CUCUGCACUGGGCGGAGGGGAGGGCAGGCAGGAAGUGAGAUGGUAAGGAACUGAAGGCUCGGGGACUGGACAGCUUCUGGGUUUAAUUUCCAGGCUGCAGCACAGCCACAGCUGAGACAAUUACCUGCUCUCCCAGGGGACGGGAACAGAGACCGGAAAACGAGGGACUGAAAGGGGCAGGUGCGAGUGUCCAGGUGCCCAUCUCAUCCUGAUGGUCUGCACGUUUCCCUUCCCAUCGUCCCACUCUGCUGAAGAUGGGAAAUGGCCACAGGAGAGACGCUCAGGUGCUAGUGACCAUAAAGGAAGUGACAGUCUUUUGCACCAAAGGGCAGUAGGUACUUUUGGCUCCUCAUCAGACGGUCUUCUACAAGGAUGUCACGCAGGAGAAUUACAGGACUCUGAUCUCCCUGGGUAAGGGCUUGUUCUCCAUCACUUAUGAGAAGGCUGCACUCUCCAUGAAGGACAUAGGUCAGUUUCUGGUCAGGGAUCUUCCCAAGUCCCUUAGAAUUCUGGGUAAUCAGUCCAAAACUGUGCGAGAGAGUGCCACAAUCCCACCUCUUCCUAGGGAAAAGAAGAUGCAGAAACACAAUGGCAGAGCUAAUUUCCCCAAAGCCAGAGCUUGCACUGAGGGAAGAGAUAUUAUAUUUAUUUGUCCAGGGUCAUUUCUGUGUCUGUAAUCACUGUAUUUCUCCACUUCAUCCUCUGAGUGUGUUCUGGACCCUCUGAGGGUUUAGUAAUGGGCAAGUAGCUUAAUGUUUGCAGCUCAGCUGCAUCACUGAGUCCUGCAAUGCGUGGGGCAGUCUGAACCUCUCUGGGUCACAUCUCCCACCAGAACACUGCCUUUCCCAAAGAGACUCAGCAAACUCUUUCCCAUCCAUUUUGAUAAUACAAGCCCCAGUAAAGACAGACACUGGGUUUAAAAUCACAGAACAAUCUUUGUAACAAGUCUGGAUCUCCCAUCUUGCUUUUCUGUGAGCAGGAUUUCCGACACCUAAACCUGACAGGAUCUCCUGUACAGAACAAGAGGAAAAGCCAUGGGUCCCUGGAAAGUAAGAUACUAGUGAUACCUGUACAGGUGAGGAGAAAACCCAAGUCAGAAACCAAUCAUGAGUGAAAAAAAGAGCUGAAGUCUCACCCAAGCCAUUGUGAGCUCUCAUGUUUGUGCUUCACUAAUUCAAUACUAUCAACAGCUGUUUGGUCAUGUCCCUCACUGAUCUCCCAGAGGUCUUUCCAGAAGACAGUAAGCCCUCCCUUACUCAGACUGGAUGUUGGCACUGCAAAGUUCUCUCCUCUGGAGAAGGGAUUUAAAAGAAACUGGCUCCUGAAUUUCAGUCUGAAUUAAACCAGACCAAAGAUCGUGAUGAACCCUCAGUUCCUUUUCUCCUGAACACUGAGAACGAGGGUGUCUGAUUUUUUUUUUUCCAGCAGACGUUUGGAUUGUGAGAAUGCAGAGAAUCUUCAGCAGAAAGGAUCUGAGCGAGGGGAACCAGAUGGAACAAUUUCAGGAAGAUCCAAAGAGACCGUUUCCCAGAAUCCUGAUCAAGAAAGAGCCUGUGAGAGUUGUAACUGCCCAGAAACACAGUGGGUAAGACCUCCAGAAGAGAGAGAGAGUAAACCCACUCACUUCACAAACAACCAAGGCACCAAUGUCCAUCAGUGGGCUGUCUCCACAGGCAGUCAAUGAACACUAAGUGUUGUGAGAAAAGGUACAGCAGAGGCUCAGGCCUCAAUGGCUGCCAAAGAGCCCCAAUGGGAAAGAAAUCCUAUUCAUGUGCAGACUGUGGGAAGGUCUUCAGCUGGAGCUCAGCCCUGAUUACCCACCAGAGAACCCACACGGGUGAGAGACCCUACAAGUGCCCUGCCUGCGGGAGAGGCUUCAGCCAGAGCUCCAACCUGGUCAGACAUCACCGCACCCACACUGGGGAGCGGCCUUAUGAGUGCGGUGAGUGUGGGAAGAGCUUCUGCCUCAACUCCCACUUCCUCAAGCAUCAGCGCACCCAUGCCAAGCCCUACCCCUGUGAGGUCUGCCAGAGAGGCUUCCACAGCUCCUUGGCCUUGGGCAGGCACCAGAGAGCCCACACGCAGGAGCAAUGCUACACCUGUGCAGACUGUGGGAAGAGAUUUCGGGUGCGCUCGGCACUGGCCCAGCACCGCAGGAUGCACACAGGGGAGAGGCCCUUCCAGUGCUCCAACUGCGGGAAGGGCUUCAGCCAAAGCGCCAACCUGCUCACCCAUCAGCGGGUCCAUACUGGGGAGCGGCCCUUCCAGUGCACCGAGUGUGGGAAACGCUUUGCUGUCAGCUCCCACCUCCGCACUCACCAGAGGAAUCAUCGCGCGGAGCGGCCCUGCCAGUGCACUGACUGUGGGAAAGGCUUUGCCAACCCUGCCAAGCUACUCGCCCACCAGAGACGCCACACAGGGGAGCAGCCCUUCCAGUGCCCUGAGUGCGGAAAGUGCUUCAGUGACAGCUCCCUCCUGGUGAAACACCAGCGUAUCCACACAGGGGAGCGGCCCUUCCAGUGCCCCGAGUGUGGGAAGAGCUUCAACCGGAACCUGACCCUACUCAGACACCAGAGAGUGCACACCGGGGAGAGGCCCUACAUCUGCCCUGCCUGUGGGAAGGGCUUCAGCCAGAGCUCCCACCUCACCACUCACCAGAGAGUGCACACAGGGGAGCGGCCCUACAAAUGCCCCACCUGCGGGAAGGCCUUCAGCCAGAACUCCAACCUGAUCCGACACCAGAGGAACCAUAAGCACCAGGACACACUGUAACCAGCUCAUCAGCACUUGCCUCAUACAAGAGAAACCUGCACAGGCACACACUGUGGGAAAAAGCUUCAAACAGAGCUCAGAUCUUACAAGGCACCAGAGAAGCCACGUGGGGAAGGAAGCAAUGGCUGUCAAACAAAUCAAGCCCUACCAUUUGAACAGUGCAGAGGAAGUGCUGGAAGCAACAAGCUGUGCACUGUAGGGAAGUGACCGCUUGCUGAUAUUUUUGGAUGGAGUAGAGGGAAGCACAAGGUGACAAAAAGAAGGGGAUAAAUCUGAUAAAUCUACAGGCGUUUGAAAGGGAUCCAUACCAAGGGCAAAGAGAACUUAUUUAGGGUUGCAUGACAGAUGCAGCUAACAGUAGCAGGAUGAAAAUAAAAGGGGAAGCAUUUGUUUUAAAAAGUUCUUGACAGGACUACGUAUUAUUGAGCAGUUGGAUAAUACCCCCAGAAAGCAAUGGUAGCUUCCUCAUUUGGGACUUUUUGAAAUGUGUUUUAUAGGUUAAUUUACUGUAGGGAGACAGGGAGAUGGAUCAGAUGAAUUAAUGAGUCCUUUCUACCUCUGAUGUCUCUGAUUCUCUCAAAGGAGGGAACAAAGGCAAAGUUGUUAAAAAUUAUGGUGGCAAAAGGAAGGUGAAUUAAUUUUAAUCUCAAGUCUAUUGAAUGACCCAACCUAUCCCUAAAAUAUAUUAUCCGUUGAUACUGGAGACAUGAUUCCUGCCAUCCUUCUCUCCAGAGCAAUGGGGUAAGCCAUCUUGUUUAGACCGUUUCACUGACCUAUUCAAUGCUGGUAUUUUUAUUGUAAAGCUAAGUGAUAUCAGAGACCACAACAGAAUGCAAAUAAGUUCCCCUACCUCUCUAAGAGGAGUAAGAAUUUAAGGUUUCCCAAUUUUAAGCCCAGAUAUGCUAAUUAGACAGAACUUGUUGCAGACAGGAAGAUAUCGGAGGACUAACGCCACAGAUGCUACAGUCCUUACCCUGCCAGGAGGAGCAUUACCUAGCAACAAAAUCAUCAGUUAAUUGGAAAGGAGAAAUAAUUGGACAAAAUUACAGCAAGAUUGUGUGGAUUGUGAGUGGUAUAAAAAGGACUUUCCAUACAAAUUGCACAGAUUGAAAAAGAAACACUAACAUAGGAGCAGUCUGGUUCAUUGAUACUAUUUUAUAAUUCUCUUCAGUUAGCUCUGUCUUUUGAAAUGUUUCCACUGCUUUCUGCACUGUGAUUUUACUAUCUGAAUUGUCGCUGUACAUCUUAGCUCUUCCCCCCACUCCUCAAAGACAGACCAAGUAUUUCUAGGAAUAAGAACCCUCCGAUUUUACUAAAGCAGCCUAGACAUGAAAUUAUCAGCAUCCGUAGACCGUUUCUUAUUUAUGCACAUCAGUCCUUUUUUUCAAGCAGUGUCUCUUAUUGGUAUCCUGGUAACAGCAUACUUACAAAAUGCAUUGUUUUGUUCACCAUUAAUGGCCUGUGCACUCAGGAGAGAGCCAAAGGAAAGCUAUGAAUUUGUAUGUUGUGUGGCGAAGUACUUUCUUCUCCUCAGCAGGCUCAGUCCUUUUUAGCCUUGGAGACACAGGCUUGGGCAAAGCAAAUCCUUCUAGGUAGCACAGGGUCUGGCUAUUCCUUACCUCAGUCCAUCCCUUGUGCUGGU